AGAGGAAGUCUCCGGUUUUGUCCGCCGAGCGAGCAUGCGUACGGAUUGUGCCCUGCCAGCAUAGCAAACCGCGCCAAUUUGUCAAGAGGAACAUGAAAGCCAUCCUCAUGUCGGAAUCUUGACUAUGAUGCACUCUGCGGUAGAGGCUGCAGAGAGCUGCACAUUUUCGAACUUUGCAAAUAGGAACACAGCAUAAUGCGUGAACGAUGGCUAAACUGCGUCAUGAUAUGGUGCAGAUGUGUUUCCUGGUUGCUGUUUGCAUACCUAACUCAAGCUCAAAUGGCCGUCAACUCCUUGCGGGGUGAAAAGCACACAGCAAACGGUAUUAUCAUGGAGAGCUCCAUGAGGCGUGCAGGUCAGCCUUUUCGUCAGCAGCUUGAAGCACCUAAUCCGGUGCAGGCCGCAAAUUAUAUGGAUGACUUGCUCAAGGAUUAUGACGCUGCGCGGAAAAUCCUCUUGGGCGACUUUACCAAGCGCAGCAGGAUAGCGGUGGUAUACAUGUGUUUUGAAAGGGCAGAAGUCAUUCGCAGAUCGUUGCCAGCUGUUAUGAGGAGUGACGGUGUGGAGAAGUUCGACCUCUACAUUUCACAGGAUGCGGGCUCAGGCUAUGUUAUCAAUAAGGAUUUGCACUUUCCAGAGUCAGUCAGGAUUGCCUAUAUCCGACAUCGGGCGAACCUUUGCACUGGCCUCCAUCACCAUUUCGUGAAAGCUUUUGCCUUUGACAUCAUGGGUUAUGAGGGAGUCAUUAUCGUAGAGGAGGACAACGUUGUGCAUCCACAGGCGCUGCAGUUGCUCGCUCGGAUGAUCGACCUGUCAGUUAAUCAGCCAGACAUUGGCAUCGUCAGUCUACUGGACAUGGACAACUCAGCAUUCCUUGACGCAGCAAAGUUCGCAGUGGGGAUAAACCCAGUAAAUGGAUCCAUGGGGCAUCUUUGGGUUUACGGCUUCCACAAGUCGCGAUACACUGCCGUACGUCAGGACCUGUACGACUACUUCAACACGAUUAAGGGCCAGGACUACCGCCUGAAGCACGAGCCGCCGCUCUCUGAUAAAAUUAAAGCCCUGAUGGCGUCCAAAGGCUUUCCAGCGGAUGGUGAGCUCUCACAAGACCGGUAUUUCAUCUACUCCCUGGCUAAACGCGGUUUCAAGCGCCGCUACCAAACCUUGUUCCGAUUUUUCGAGCCCAUCGGCUAUUUGGGUCUCCAUCAUCGGCAUACAGAGGCGCAGUUCUUCGCCGUUUUCGGACGGGGCAUGUUCAAUGGACGCAUCCGCCCUGAGGAUGCCUUUGAUGUGACCAAGGACCCUGCCAAUCCCGAACUCAUCAAGGCCGGUUUGCGGGAACGAAUCAAUCGUAUAUGGCGGCGUUAUUUCUCAAUUGACGUGCACGAGCCGCUGGUGGAGGAAACCUUCACUGGGAUAAUGGAGGGUCGCUUGAAUGGCGUGGAGGCGAUGACGGACAUUCGGAAUGCGGGGGUUAAAGCCACCGCUGGCUAGUGCUGUUGAUGUUGGCAUGUUUCUUUUGCCUGGCAGUAGCAGGUGAAAGGAUUGUUUUGCUAGGGGGCCAAUCCAUUGACGACGAGGGAAUGAGGUACUUGGGACCAGGUGCUGCUCUUCAUCCGGACGGGUGUAUCCGAAAAUGGACCGCCGUGGUGCAUGACGGAUGUUAUGUGUGUUGGUGCAAUGUCGCAGGCAUCCCAUGAAUGAAUCGCUGCAGUUGUCACUAUUCGCGGUUUAGCUGUGCCACCAGUAAACAUAGUUUUGAUGUUUUGUUGCAGGGUGGAGCGUCUUCCGGACCAGGUUCACAGCCGGCUCAGCAGCAGGGUCCUCUGCGAUAGGCAUUGCUUUCGCGUGGCACCCUAACAAAGACUUGGUUACCCUUAGCAUGCCAUGGUUGUCAUUGGUAGGACUAGUGCACAUACCUCUCCGUAUCUAUCGUUUUACAAUUCAAAAAGCUAAAUUGAUUUUGUUGUAUUCAAGAGGCAUGAUGUGCUGUUUGUUCUUGUUUUUCCUGGGGUGCACAGUUCGCUGUUUAUGCGUUUUAAAGAUGAGGUGCCCAAUGAUUAUCUAGCUGAUAUGAGAUGUAUCAUUUGAGUGAGAUUCAUCUCGCGUUUUGGGCCAACGGAUUAUGCGCCCUGGGAUGAGAGCGGGAGUGGCGGCAGGGCCGGAGCUGGCGAGGGGAGGGCAUUACCCCUUCCGGAUGGCUGCCAUGGCUGUCUCCUUGCAAUCGUUGCGCGGGAGUCGUCAAUCUUUGUACGGCAGAAGAUAAAAGAGGGAUAUAAUGCCGACCGAUGCCAUAAUCCGUAGAAAGCACAAUUACGUAGAACUCAAUAAUUAGAUAUCUAGAGGCGGUAUGGUGCAUGAGCCAUUUGCAAUGCAUUAGCCCGCUGUUGAUGGAGGCGCGUUGUUAUCCGUGAUCCCGACUCGUUGAUCUUUCCGAUGUGCCGGCUUAUUGUUAGAGGUUCGGCGCUGCACACGGGUUCAUGCACACAUCCCUUAGUAGCACGUGCUGUUCCGGUUUGUGUAUACCCACGACGAUGGUUGUGUACGUGACCUUUGCAAAGACGUUGUAGACCUUAAAUGUGCUAUGUAAGGACUGCUAGCCUUGCAUGCGCUGGACCAUAUGUAAGUAAGGAAGCGCC